AUAGUCUGGCAAACACCUAGAAUGAAAUGUGUAUUGUUAUUGGUGUUUUUGGUGUUUUCUUCCGCGUUUUGUCACGGCCAUGAAGUUCAAGACACCAAAACUGAUGUUGAGAAGAUUAAUAUACUUGAAGAUACGGCUAUAUCUGAAGAUUGUCGGAGAUCUCUUAAAAACAUAGGGUGGAAAAAUGAAACGAACGAUAAUAUACUUGAAUCAAACGUGAUUUACGACUUAGGACAUUUCGAUGAGUGUGUUAAAUUUUCCAAUCGCAAAUACUGCAUUGGAAAACAUUAUGAAAAUGAGAAUUUGUACCAUUUAAUUCAGAACACCAGUCAGUAUCUAAUUAAAAGGGUCACAAAAGAGUUUUCGGUCAAAUAUUCCGGAAGAUGUUUGCCAAUUGAUUGCAAUCAAAAAGAUUUCAAUAUCAUAUUUGAGGAAGAAAUGGAUGAGAAAUUUUGCACCUGUAAAACCGACAUUAACAAAUCAGUAUUAUUAUCUUCUGUAACUUUGUAUGUUUUUGUAGGCUUAAUUAUUUUGAUACUGUUAUCUUCUUUGUACGAUUUAGCGAUCUCAUUUUCCGAUACCAUUCCUGAUUACGAAGUUUUGACCGCCUUUUCGUUAAUCACAAACGUACAGAAAUUUUUCAAAUGCAACGAAAAUCCAGAAGAUUUAUCAUGUUUAAACGGAAUGAAAUGCAUCAGCGUUUUAUGGAUUGUUUUAUAUUACGAAUGGAGAAUUUUGGCCGCAGGACCAGUCGAAAGUUAUGGUGGUUUGAUAAAUUUUUUAAAUAGUAGCGCAAAUCUAAUAUUUUUCCAAGGAGACAUGGCAAUUGAUACCUUUUUUACAAUUGGGGGUAUAACAACAGCUUAUGCCUUUACUAGGAUGUAUCAGAAAAAAGGCAGUUGUAGCAUAAAAGACGUCGCCAAAUUGUGCAUGCACAGAUACCUGCGGAUGACUCCAGUUUUAGCAGCCAUGGUACUACUUUAUGCAACCACUUUAUCACGAUUAGGAAACGGUCCUGUGUGGCACCACAUUGAGGAAUCGCUCGUAGAACCAUGCAAGACUUAUUGGUGGACUUCCUUACUUUACAUCCAGAAUUACAUCAAUCAUAGCGACUAUUGUAUUGUACAGUCCUGGUACUUGUCCGUGGAUAUGCAAAUGUUCUUUCUGUCGCCUUUGUUGUUGAUUCCUUUAGAGAACUUUCCAAAGACUUCAAUUUCAUUUAUUUUGUGUAUGAUAGCUGUUGGAAUUGGCGUUAAUUUUUAUAUAUCGUACUCUUUUGAGCUGCCCUACGCAUCCUUUGCCUUGGAUAACAAUUCGGACAUUUAUUUCGAAAUAUUCUAUUCAAGACUUUACUGCAGAUACAGUGCGUAUCUGUUAGGACUUGUGUGUGGCUGGUCGUUGAAUAAAAUUAGGAAAGAUUGUGACAACUUCAUUUUGACUAAAUUUGCAAGCAUUUUCACGUGGAGUAUGAUGUUUAUUUCGAUUAUAGUUUGCAUAUAUUUUCCGUACGUUUUUCUGCACUCUGCGAAAAAUGUUACGGCGAAUGCUUUUUAUAAUUCACUAAUAAGGAUAAUAUUUUCAAUAGCCAUUUGCACUCUGGUCGUUUUGUGUUCCACUGGGAAUGGAGGAUUUGUUAAUCAUUUUCUAUCUUCCAAAUUAUUUUUCGUCAUGACAAAACUUGUGUACUCAAUGUAUCUGGUGCAUUUUAUGGUGAUUGCUUGUAGAAUCUUCUCUACAAGAUCAGCUUGGCAAUUCACAAGAUCUUCUAUUAUGUUUAAUUAUAUUGGAGAUGUAGUUAUAACAAUUUUAAUAUCAUUUAUAUUGGUGAUAUUAUUUGAUUUUCCUUGUAUGGCAAUUCACAAACUGAUUUUCGGCAAAGAUUGCUGUGAACGCAGAAAAAUGUCGAGGAUGUCGAAUAGAUUCAAAUUAAGCAUAUCGCAAUAAAAACAAUGCGAUUUAUAUAUCGCUUAGAAUAUUAAAUGUAUAUAAAAAAGUGUUAUAUUGUUAUAAUAUAUGUAUUUUGUUAUCUUUAGUGAUAAGUGUUAAUAUGGAUAUUAAAAUUAGUCCAAUAAUAAUUAAUUAUUAAUAUUA